CGCUAAAAGUUACUACAAAGGUUGCUAGAAAAAUCGAGGAGUAGCAGACACUUCCAAUUUAAAAAUAUUAUUAAUGUGAAGAAAUUCUUCCUAUGCCAUUUUUAACUGUGACCAAGUUUAGUGCUCGUUCUGUCUUUAUCCACAUCUUUGAUGUGAAUAAUUAGAAUUUUUCAGUGAUCACUAAAGUUGCCAAAACAGCUAGAAGCAAAACAAUCUAGCAACUUAGUUCUAAAUUAGUGGAAGGAUUUUGUUGUUUUUUACGGUGUUGUUUUUUAAGUGUAUGUGUGGUGAUGAUUUUGUGUUGAUUGUGGUUUGAAGAAAGUCAUCUAAAUGCAUAUGAAGACUGAUUUCGGAAGUAGUGAAAAUUUUUGCUGCUGUGGUUGUUUUCAUGUUAGGACUGGAACAAUAAUAUUAGGGGUCUGGCAUUUAGUACUGCAUCUUUUUGCUUUGACUCUUUUAUUCAGUGUUUUAAUACAUCCAGAUGCAAGAAGUAGAUUAGCAGCUUGGCCAGCAUCUGGCACCACAACGCCUCAUGAUGUCAAUGAGUUACUAACAUCCGAAUAUUACAGUCCACAGUUACCAGAUAUAAGUGCCGGUCCUGCAGCUAAUUAUGCUUUUGGACAUGAUAAACAUCAGUUAAAAGAUGUGCAUGUUGGUUUGGCAAUCACUGUAUGUACCAGUGUUAUAUCCUUGUUUCUUUUAUAUGGAGCUAUAAGAGGCAAGCCGAACUAUUUGAUACCCUUCUUUAGUCUACAAGUAUUUGAUUUCAUUAUAUCUGCUUUAACAGCUGUUGGUUACUUUUCAUCGGUUCCUGAUGUGCGUCGCAUGAUAGAAGAAGCCUAUGAUUUGCCAUUGCGAAAGGAAUUAUUACAUUUGAAUCCAGAAUGGCUUUGUGCUCUUUUAAUGAUUGCUAUUCUAAUUUGUAUGAUGUUGAAGGCAUACUUAUUGGGAGUGGUGUGGUCAUGUUACAAAUAUUUGAAGUUAUUGCAUGUUGCUCAUCUUGUUGGAAGUUACAUGGAGGCUGAUAAUGAGGCUUUAUUACCUCCUGAUUAUGAAACUGCAACAAAAACACCUCCUCAUGCAGCUGUUUAUGCACCGCCACCAUAUAUUGCUGAUUUCCAUCGAGUCUAAAUUUCAUUGUUUUGCGUACUUGAAAAUGUUAGCAUAAUUCAAUUAGCUAGUCAAAUUUUAAAUUUGUAUUUUGAUGUUGUAUUUAUAAAUUGAUUUAUAGCAAUGUGCAAUAGUCUUUCAUGUAUUUAUAGGGAAUUCAAAAUUUAUGGAAUAGUCUUGAUUUAGCAAAAAAGAAUGAGACUUACAUUAUAAAAUUCAUUUCAUUAAAUUUUAUUUUGGAUAAACUGAAAAUUUUUAAAAAAAGGAAAAAAAGUGACUAAAACAUGAAUUAUUUCUUUUUUUAUUUUAAAGUUAUUUUUUAAGCUUUUAUUUUUUGCUGUGAAACCUCAAUAAAAGUGAGCUCGAAAUUAAUGCUUAACUCUUUUUUCAACUUUUAAGAGCUUGGUUUAUAUUAUUUGUUUGCAGUGCAGAUUGUAGUUUAUUUAAAGUAAAUGUGAGUAUCAAUUAUAAAUUGUUACUUUGUUUUUAGUGUUCUGUAUAAUAUAAUAUUUGGGUAUUAAAACAUUACAUUUAGUUGUCUGAUUGCAAAUAUUGUUGCUCUGUAUUUUUAAAUUAACACUUCUAUGUCCUUUUACACACUUUACAAUCAUUUGAAAACUCUCAAGCUUUAAAUUACAUAUGUUUCUCUUUGUGCGCUGAUAAUUAUUAUGCAUUAUGUUUUAUUUCACCUUCUUAAGAAUGCUCAAUAAACCAAGGCUCUACUAAAAGUUUUGAAUUUUGUUUAUUGGUAUACAAACAAGUAUCAGUUAGGUAAGCAUGCACUGUGACGAUGAAUUUCUUUUGCAGUUUUUGAUGUGACAUGUGUAACAUUUCAAUAUGAAAUCAUUUUAAUUGGCAGCCAAAGGCUUCACAUUUUUAGAGUGCCAAAGUGUGAUGGCUACUGUAAGAUUCUUGAAAGUAUUUUAGUUUAGUAAAUUACUGGAAAGUAUUUUUUAUCCCAUUACAAUUGAAUUUCUAUGAAGUGUAAUUUCAAAUAUGCUGCAUCAUAGGAAGAAUAUAAGUGCAUGGUAUCAUAACACUAGAUAAUGGGCAAGAGAUUAUUCUGUUUUCAAAUGUAGAAAAUUCACCUAUAUGCUGUAUGCUGUCAUUUUAAAAUUUCUCCUCCUUUGUAAAUUAUUUUAAUUGUGAACUAUAACAUUAAAUGUUUAGUGAGUAUGCAAAAUAUGUUUUAACUAAAGAUUCCUGGAACUGAAAUGUCUUUUCUUCUGAACAUAAAAUAAUAAAAGCUUAAAAUUGC